AUGGCAACCGUUGAAUCAGCUGUUGUUGCUAAUGGCGAAGCCACCCCGGUAAUCGAGGAAGAUGCUUCUCCCGUUACAGCAUUGUUAAGCAGUUUGGCAUUGAUUGAGAAAUCGGCCACCACUUUCGAUCCAAGAUACGUGUUGAAGGUUUUUCGUGAACUGGGCCCUCUUAGAAGAAAGCUGACCGCCGAAACAUUGCUUCACGUUAUUAAGCAGAGGUAUCCAGAAGACCAUCCUCACCAAACAUCGCUCGUGUCAGCUGUGGAGUCGUUCGUUGAGGAUGAUUCGAUGGACACAACUGAGGAAACUACUGGCUCGGCAGUGACUCCUGAAGUGGACAUGUUUGUGCAUUUGCUGGUGCAAGUAUACUUGCACGACAAGAAAGAAUGGACUAAGCUCAACCAGUUCAACGAGUUGGUGAUCGUGGCAUUGAAGUCUUACAACCGUCGUACGCUUGAUUUUAUAUCCGCCAAGAUAUGGUUCUACAUUAGCAGAGCGAGAGAAGUAUCCGGUGAUUAUGUGUCUGUACGUUCUCCUUUGUUAAUGGCUUUGCGCACUGCCACGUUACGCCAUGACACUGAAACCAGAGCGUCCACAAUCACCUUGCUUAUGAGAAAUUAUCUUUUGGCCAACGACAUCAAUCAGGCUUUCAAUCUGGUUGAAAAGGUUGAGUUCCCAGAGAAUGCUGGUAAUUCGUUGGUUGCCCGUUAUUUCUACUACUUGGCCAGGAUCCAGGCCGUUCAGUUGGACUACUCUGCAGCCCAUGACAGUGCCCUGACUGCGAUAAGAAAGACUCCACAAUCCACUUUUGCGGGUGGAUUCUUACAGGCCGCCACCAAACUUAACAUCCUCAUUGAGCUCCUGAUGGGUGAUAUUCCAGAACUGUCCUACUUCAGAGAGCCCACUUUGGAGAAGUCUUUGAUUCCGUACCUAGCAGUGACUAGGGCCGUCAGACUGGGAGAUCUCACUCUUUUUGCCAAAACUCUGGAAAGCUUCGGCGAAUCUUUAAAGAAGGACAAUAAUUACAACCUGGUGCUGAGAUUGCGCCAAAACGUUAUCAAGACAGGUAUCAGAAUCAUCUCGUUGUCGUACAAGAAGAUCUCCCUGAAGGACGUCUGUAUCAAGUUGCACCUAGACAGCGAGCUGAGCGCGGAAUACAUAGUUGCAAAGGCCAUCAGGGAUGGUGUAAUUGAAGCUACAAUUGAUCACGAGAACGGGUUCAUGCAGAGCAACGAGCUGCUCGAUGUCUACUCCACUAGAGAACCACAGGACGAGUUUGACAGGCGUAUAAAGUUCUGCAUGUCGUUGCACAACGAUAGCGUCAAGGCGAUGCGCUACCCAAUGAGCACGAAUAGAAUUGAUCUCAAGGCUGAUAUAGAGGCCAGAGAGAGAGAGCAGGAGUUGCUGUCGUUUCUACAAGAUGGUGACUUCAACGAUUUGCUAUAA